GGUUUGUUGAAAGCCUAAAUGUUAGUCAAAACUCCCCAUUAGACAGAAAAACAAAUUGAAAUAAAAUGGAAAAGAAAAUUCUAAAUCAAAACCAUCAAUUCAAGGCUUAUAACUGAAAAGAUCAUACAAAAUUCUUAAUUGUUUCUCAAGAAAUUGGAGCAAAUACUUGGGAUUAAAAUGAAGAUCAAUGUGUGAUUUAUAUCUGGAUCAUCUGUGGCAAACGAAUACUUAGGGUCAAUAGAAUUCCUGGUAUUUAUUUCUGUGAACAAUUUUGAUUGCUGCUGUGUCAUUUGUGUGAGAAUAUGUAAGUUAUGGUAUCAAGAUCGUUAAAACGAAUUGCGUCUCGUUGCUGGAGGCCAUCCUUUGACGGUGAGAAUUCUUGUAAGGCUGGCGAUGCUAAUGGUAGGGUUGAUGGAUUGUUGUGGUACAAAGAUUCUGGAGAACAUUAUACUGGCAAGUUUUCAAUGGCGGUAAUUCAAGCCAACAAUCUAUUGGAAGACCAUAGCCAACUUGAAUCAGGUCCUUUGAGCUCAUUUCAAUCAGGCCCUUAUGGGACAUUUGUCGGAAUUUACGAUGGUCAUGGAGGUCCUGAAGCUGCUAGGUUUAUAAAUGAACACCUUUUCGACUAUAUCAAGAAGUUUACAACCGAGAAUCAUGGAAUGUCAGCCGAAGUUAUCAACAAAGCAUUUUUGGCUACCGAAGAAGAUUUUCUUACUCUUGUCAAGAAGCAAUGGCUAAGUAAGCCGCUAAUUGCAUCUGUUGGUUCGUGUUGUUUGGUCGGAAUAGUUUGUAGUGGACUGCUAUACGUUGCCAAUGUUGGAGAUUCUCGUGUGGUCUUAGGUAGACUUGAGAAAGCCUUUAAAGAGGUGAAAGCAAUUCAAUUGUCAACUGAGCAUAAUGUACGUUGCGAAUCUGUUCGGAAGGAGUUGCAAUCAUUGCAUCCCGAUGAUCCAAAGAUCGUGGUCCUUCGGCACAAAGUAUGGCGUGUAAAGGGUAUAAUACAGAUUGCAAGAUCCAUAGGGGAUGCGUAUUUAAAGAAGGAUGAAUUCAACAAAGAACCUCUAUUGCCGAGGUUUAGAGUUUCGGAACCAUUCGAGAAGCCGAUCCUACAAGCGAAGCCAUCGAUAUUAGUACAAAAACUGAGUCCUAAAGAUCGGUUUCUUAUAUUUGCAUCGGAUGGUCUGUGGGAACUUCUUAGCAAUCAGGACGCAGUUAACAUAGUCAACGCCUGUCCCCGUACGGGUAUUGCUCGAAAACUAGUGAAAGCAGCACUUCGAGAAGCAGCAAAGAAGAGAGAAAUGAGAUAUUCGGAUUUGAAAAAGGUGGAUCGCGGGGUGCGCAGACAUUUCCAUGACGACAUUACUGUUAUUGUUUUGUUUCUUGAUUCCCAUCUCCUUAGCCGCGCCUCCUGCCGCCGCUUCUAAUCUCUUCUCUACGCCUUCCGUCCACAACUACAUACCAAUUAAUGCCUCCUAACACACACACACACACACACACACACACACACACACACACACACACACACACACACACACACACACACACACACACACACACACACACACACACACACAUACAUAUCAUCAAAGUAACACUAAUCUUUAAUAAUUUCUUUUUACAAAAUUAAUUUUUAUGUAAAAAUAUCUCAUAUAAAUAAAAAGAAAUAUCAUACUUUUCAUUUGAUAUUAUAUAAAUAAAAUAUUUUCUACAAUUAUUCAUUUGUAGCAA